GAGCCAGUCCAUUCGCAGAGAGACUCUCAUGCAGUCAGCAUUCUCCCUCAACACCACACAUUUUCCCAGCUAUUUUGACAAACUCCCUAAGAAGACUCUAUCAAAUUGAGUAAAGUGCGAUUCCAGCAAAGAUUCACAUUGAAAAGUCACCUGAAAAGUGUCAAAAGCGCCCCCAAAACAAACUUCAAGUGGCAGAGAGACCACCUUUUCUCACAUCUCACGCGAAUGUGUGUACGUGACUGAAGAGAAACAUAUUCAAGUGUGCAGAAAUUGCAUUCAAUUUCUCCUUAUUUUGUGUUUACAAACAAAUUUGUCACUAUCACUCUCGUUAUUGGUGCAAAAGACACAGCAUAUCGAAAGGAUGAGAGAGAAAGUUUAGGAAAAUUGUCAUCCGCUUGAAGCAAACUGCCAUCAGACGAGACAAUAUAGCAAAAAAAAUAUCCACCUUGUGAAGCCAGAAGGCAAUCAAAACCAACGAUAAUCGAGACAGAAAACUGUGCAAAAGGGUGCAAAGACUUGUGCUACAUAGUUAAAAGUUGCAAAGGAAGAAGUUUCUGGUGAAGCAUACAACACAAUUGUCAACGAAUUGGGAGGUGAAGUGCUGCAGCACACCAGUGUGGUAUUGAUCCCCUCGGCAUUCUCCACUCUCACCUUCCUCACUUCGCGUUUGUUUUAAGUUCCAUCGACACAAUUUCCCGAGCAUCCGGCCUUUCCCAUGUGUUCUGUGGAAAUUGGAGCAAAAGAGUGAAAUUGGAUUUUACACCAUAGUGAACCAAAGUGCCAAUUCAAAUCUAUUCAUACGUCCUUCUGAGAAAAUCUCAUUUCCAAUUGAGCACAACACUUCACAGCAGAUUUUCUUCCCAACACGCUCCACUACAUAAUUAAUCAAGAGAGAGAGAGGAAGCAGAAAAGGACCUCAAGCCGAAAGUGAUGGAAAGCAAAUCAAAGUUGAUGAAUCGCAGUAAUUCCGUGAUAAAUGCACUGAAAUUGUGGCCAUUGACGAAGCAAGAAAAAACAACCACAGCCUUUGGCAGUUCAGUGGCUGUCCAGAAAUUGCGGGAGUCCAAGUGGUUUGAUGAGGACGAGCAAAGGAUCUUCUGUGCUGUCGUCGAGUGUGGCUUUAUUGUGGAGGUGAAAGGUGGCCAAGAGAAUGAAGGGUGGUUUGGCGUGGUGAUUUGCAAAACGGCUAAAGAUAAGAAACCAAAGCCGGAGAAUAUUGAAAUCUACACGAUUAAGAUCACUGAACGGCGCAUGAAGAUACUCAAGAUGACACUACCCGAUGUUUGGCGUCAGGGAGCCAAGUUGAGGAUUAACAAUUUCGGGGACAAGGAGAAGGCGGCACAUUCAGAUAAAGACAUCCGGAAUCAGGUGACAUUCGCACAGAAAGCCAAGCAAAUGCUGUGGCACAACAGCAAGCACUUCGCCUAUUGGUGCCGCUACGGCGAUAGACAGCAAGACGUUCGACGGCGACAGAUGUCAGAGUGCGUGAAGUGGGGAAGUGUCGGCAUGAAUGCCGGAAUGCUCCUGCUGAUGAACCGCCAGAAAGCCCAUUCCACGUCUAAAUGACCCAAUCACGCCACAACAAGUGCCGAAAGUUUGUGCUUUUCUGAUCCUGAGGAUUAUCUCACGAAAGACAUUUUCCCAAAUUGAGAGAAAUUGCGAAAGACUUCUUUUCCCUGCCUAACCAUUCAUUUCGUCCUCGCCAAAAAACCAGAAAUUUAUGCUGAUAAAAUGUAAAAGAUUACACUCUAUAAAUUGACUGUACAAGUAAUUAGUGAUUUAGUUUUGUAAGAAAAGAAUAAAAAUUGUUUUUGAGUCAUUCUUCAACGCGUAAAAAAGAAAAAAAAGAAAUACUAAGACGCGUGAAGAAUUCUAUUAUUUUUUUAGAAAUACUAUUUUUUGAUAUCAAAUAUCAAGAUAAUAUGAACUAUAUGGAGCCUGUGUAAGUUAUUUUUUUCUGUGACAACUUUCAAUAAAAAAAGUAUUUUUGUAAGCUAUUGUGGAUAUUUUUCUUGUGAUAGAAAAAUAAAUGAUUGAACAGCUA